AUGAAGAUACCAUAUGUAGUAUCGUCAAAUGCGCGCGAAGCGUAUACCACUGCACCUUUUAUGAAAGCGUCAGCAGGUGAAGCAGGUCGUAAGAUCGUAGCUGAAGAUUUCGAAUGGGACGACAAUUUCAGCCCAGCACCUCUUACAUAUUAUGCCGCUCUUGAACUAUCCAGAAAUUUCCAUAGAAUUAACCCACUAAAAAAAAUAUUACAAAAAGAUGUCGAUAUGCUCAUGGACCUAUAUCCCGCAACUAUACCUUUGAAAUAUAGCGUUAUUUAUAUUAAGGACGAACAAUAUUGGAAAAGAUCAUUCUAUGCGAAAUUUCCAUCUCGCAAAGAAAUAGGUGUCACAUUUUGGAAAGGUAAAUUUUUAUCAGCUUGCUUACAAGAUUACCUGGAAAAUGUGAACCCAGAUGUAUUCAUAGAAGAAGAUGCAGUUGAACUAGCUUCUUUGGUGAGUCCAUACAUCUACGAAUUACGAUUAAAUCAAUUACAAAUGGUCAGACAGCCGAAUCCACCAGUACCUUCAGAGAACUCAAUAGAAGAUACAUGUAUUUUCAGCGUUCCAAAAGUGUACGAUCACAUCCCUCUGGAACCGGUUCUUAUGAAAUUAUAUAACCUUCAAGACAUAUCAUUAGUUUUCGGAAUAAAUAAUGUAGAAGAUAGUUACUUGACAAGAUAUUUUGAGUUCUCCCUAAACGACUGUGAGUCCAUGUGUCGAGGUUUGGAGUACUUGCAACAUCUUAAAAUAUUCCGAAUCAACCGCAGCAACUUAGAUUGUUCUAAAGUCAAGCUGAUUUUACAACAUCUGGUGAAAAAAGACUGUAUAGAAGAACUUGAUUUCAAUCAUUGUAAAAUUGGUGAUUAUGGGAUGAAAGCUCUAGGGGGUUUUAUUUACAUACACAAGAACGUUAAAAGAGUAAGAAUCGCUAACAAUCGGUUCAAAGAAGUUGGCGUACAGGGAAUUGCUUAUGCUCUUCAAAUGCAUCCUGCCGCUCCAAUCGAACUUUUAGAUUUUAGUUUAAAUCCAAUGUCACUGGAAUGUGCGACGAUCUUUGCCGCAGCAUUCGUCCGAUGCAAGGAAAAACCUCAAACGCUAAUCGUGAAUUCGUGCGGAUUUAGCGGCGCCUCCGCUGAGAAGAUGGCUGGUCUUCUAAGCCUUAAUCGUGGUCUAACAAGAUUAGAUAUGGCCGCUAACAAUCUGUCUGGUGAAGCUGAGGUAACGCUGAUUCGCGCUCUUGAGCAAAAUAGGAAGGUACUAAGAGUCGACUUGCGAAGGACUCAUAUCUCAGAAGAAACACAGAGAAAGGUAAAUGAACUGCUUGAACGUAAUAAAAAUUUGAUCGGUCAAGAGACUGAGGCCAGUGACGAAAUACCACCUCUGUACCUCAACGAGCCUGAAUAUCUUAUAUGGGAAUACAAUCCAAAUAACCCAGAUUAUAUCCCUGGUCGAUAUCCAGUGAGAGUGCCAGAAAUUUAA